AUGAAGGCAUCUGCUAUUGUUUUCUCUGUCAUCCUCCCUGCUGCUCAGGCCAGAGUUAGGAGUUCUGGCAAGGGCAACAGCAUGAUAGAGCCGGACGCCAAAGCACCCAAACCAAACACGGAUCGCGAUGAGCAGGCUCCGGAGCCCAACGCAAAUACAAUCAAAACAAUCACAGAUCAAUAUGUCUUUGAGCUCGCCAUGCCUGACUUCCUAAAGAAGCGAGACGCAAAAGAUCCAGAAUCCUUAGACUGGGAAAGUGAUGGCUGCACCUACGUCUUCGAUAAUCCCUUAGGCUUCUCCUUUGUGAAUGGAUGCUACCGUCAUGACUUCGCCUACCGCAACUAUAAGGCUCAGGACCGUUUUACUGAGACUGCAAAAGACAUCAUCGAUCAGAAAUUCCUCUUUGAGUACGUAUCUCUAUAA